AUGGAUGAAAUAUCGUGGCGAGAGCUAUCGCAAUUUGAAAAUCAACAAGAGAUGUUAUCGGAAAUGAAAAAACGAUAUGGAAAUAUUCGAAUUCCACAAAAAUUCGUAUUAGUGGUUAAAGACGAUCAAGGUAAUGAAAGGAUGAUCGAUGACGACGAUACUGAUUUAGAAGCAGAAAAUCUAAAAUUAAAGAAACAAAUUGAAGAAGUACAAGAAGAAUGGUCUGGUUCUAACAAUAAUGAUGAGUACGACGAAAAAGAAGCUAGGGCUGAAAUGAAGUCUAUUUUGAAAACCAUCGAUGAAACUCGAGGACUAGAUUACAAUGAAACGUUCAAUAGCGCGAAAAAUCUCAAGAUUCGUCGUAAGCUAGUCCUUGAAUUGCGUUCAUCUUUUGCUCCGUGUUUUCCCGCUUCGAAUAAGCAACUUACAAAAUGGUUGGGUUGUCUCCACAAGUCUCGUCGUUCUCAUCAAAGAUUAAUGGAUAGGGGAAAAGCCGAUAAAAAUAAACAUCGGGUGCACUCAAACAAUCGAGUACACGACAAGAAAAUCCGCCGAAUUAAGGCGGCAAAGAGAUUAUAUAGUUUUGACGAUGAACGGAUAACAAAAUAUGAUAAGCGUAGAUUACUAAAGAUGUUAUCCAAUCGCUUAUUUCAUUCUCCAGAAAUAAGCGAGACAGACGAAGUAGACCCAACAAAGUCCAUAAUCGCUAUUUACGACUAUUCGUGGAGAUCUGAUGAGGUUAGAACUUCUGAAUCUUGA